CCGCGGGCGGGCACCGAGCCCGAACCGCCCCAAAUCCCGCGAAAAGGGGCCGGGGGACGAGGAGGCCGCGGCAAGGGGGUGCCCGGGGCUCGGGAGAUGCUCCCGGGGCUGAGGGGCCAUGGCCUCGCUGCUGUCCCUGCAGGAGGAGAACAGGAUCCUGCAGCAGGAGCUGUCCCGCGUCGAGGACCUGCUGGCCCAGAGCCGGGCCGAGCGCGAUGAGCUGGCCAUCAAGUACAAUGCCCUCAGCGAGCGGCUGGAGCAGAGCCUGCGGCUGGAGCCCGAGGAGGCGGCCGAGAGCCGCAGCCUGGCCCAGCACAACAUCGAGCUGCGGAGGCUGCUGGAGGAGGAGCAGGCUGCCUACAAGAGGAAGCUCCAGGCCUACCAGGAGGGCCAGCAGCGCCAGGCCCAGCUGGUGCAGAAGCUCCAAGCCAAGGUGUUGCAGUACAAGAAGAAAUGCGGGGAAGUGGAGCAGCAGCUGCUGGAGAAGGCGACGGAGCUGGAGCAGGAGAGGCUGACGAUCCAGCUGGAUGCCAGCGGCUCCCAGCCCGAGGAGGAGAGCAGCAACGAGCUGGAGAACGCCCUGAUCCGGCUGGAGGAGGAGCAGCAGAGGAGCAGCAGCCUGGUGCAGGUGAACUCGAUGCUGCGGGAGCAGCUGGAGCAGGCCAACGUGGCCAACGCGGCGCUGAGCGAGGACAUCCGGAAGCUCACGGCGGAUUGGGCACGGGCCAGGGACGAGCUGGAGCAGCGGGAGGCGGAGUGGAGGCGGGAGGAGGAGUCCUUCAACACCUACUUCAGCAACGAGCACAGCCGGCUCCUGACCCUCUGGCGGCAGCUGGUGGCCUUCAGGCGCCACUUCGGGGAGAUGAAAGCCACCACCGAGAGGGACCUGUCGGAGCUGGGCCACGAGGUGUCGCGGACGGGCCGCGCCGCCCACGCCGCCUGCCUGCACCUGGCCGCCAACCUGCGGCUGGCCGAGAGCCAGGCGGGCGCGGCCCGGGAGCGGCAGGAGCUGCGCCUGGAGCAGCUGCAGGAACAGCUGGCGGCGCGGGCACGGGACGCGGAGCUGGAGAAAAACACCCUGGCAGCCAGGUCCGUCAUUCCCGGCCUGAUCCUGUCCCGGGGCUCACAGGAGGCCGCGCGUGCCCGAGAGCCGACGCCGGAGCAGGUGCAGGCUUUGCGCUCUGAGCUGGAGCUGCUGCGCCGGACGCUGCACGAGAUCACCCAGGCGGUGCUGGCAGAUGACCCCGAGUCCCCCGUGCCCGCCGUGUCCCUCCCGUGUCCCCCCGUGUCCCCUCCGUGUCCUGCUGUGUCCCCUCUCCGCAGCCUCUCUGCCAGCGCCGCCGCUGCUGCUGUCCAUGCAGCCCUGAGCCGGCGCCAGCUCCAGCUGCAGGAGGCUCGGAGCCAGGCGGAGGCGGGCCGGGAGGCGGCCGGGAGCCUGCGGCGGGAGCUGGGAGUGCUGGAGCAGCGGCUGGAGCAGCUGGGAGCUGAGGCCGGGAGCUGCCGGCGGGCGCAGGAGGAGGCGCAGCGGGAGGGGCUUCAGCUGCGGGCCCAGGCCGAGGGGCUGCGCAGGGAGCUGUGCCGCGCGGAGGCGGCGCUGGCGGAGGAGCAGCAGCGGGCGGGGGCCCUGCAGCAGGAGCGGGAGCAGCUGCGGCGCCGCAGCGAGAGCCUGCAGGACUGCCGGGACCAGGCUGCCCGCGAGGCCCAGGCUGCCCACGAGCAGCUGCAGCACAGCCAGCAGCAGGUGCAGGAGCUGGAGGCGCAGCGGGCGCGGGCGCAGCGGGAGCUGCUGGAGGCGCGGGAGGAGCUGAGCCGGGCCCUGCUGGAGGCGGAGCUGGCCCGGGGCGAGCAGGAGGCGCUGGAAGAGGCCCUGGGCAAGGUGGGAACCCGGACCCGCCCCACAGCGGGGCCAGGCAUGGGCACAGGUGCAUCCCCAUGGGCACAGGUGCACUCCCCAGCAGUGCCAGGCCUGCCGUGGGUGCAGCCCCCAGCCCCAGCUGCCCCCAUGGCCUGGUUCCACAGGUGCCCCCUAUGCCCCAGGUACUCCCCAAGCUCCAUGCCCAGGUGCCCCCCGUGCUCCCAGGUGCUCCCCAAGCCCCAGGUGCCCCCAUGUCCCCCCGCCCCAGGUACUGCCCCUGUCCCCGUUUCCCCGUCCCGCCGUGCCCCCGGUGCCAGCCGGUGCCCGCUGGCAGGCGCAGGGCAGCUGCGGGGAGCUGGCGGAGGCCCGGCGGGCGGCGGAGGCGGAGGAGCUGCGGGGGACGCGCUGGCCAAGACCAGCGAGCUGGCGGCCGGGCUGGCCCGGGACAAGGCGGAGCUGGGCCGGCGGCUGGGCGGCUGGAGCAGGAGCGGGAGCGGGGCGGCUGCGCAGGCGGGAGCUGUGCCGGGAGCUGGCGCUGCUGCGGGCCGGCUGGAGAGCGGCCCCCCGCCCGGCAGCGAGCGGCGGGACCUGGAGCGGCAAGGGGGAGACCCCCGGGACGACGGGCGGGGGCUGCGGGAGGAGCUGCGGGAGCUGCGCGGGCUCCACGAGCGGCUGCGCCUCAGCCUGGGCCAGGCGGUGCAGGAGCAGAGCGCGGCGGGCGAGGCGCUGGGCGGCUGGGCGAGGCAGGAGCGGCUCCGGGCGGAGCAGGAGCGGCUGGGCCGGACGCAGGCGGCGCUGGCCCAGGACGGGGCCGGGCUGGCCGUGCAGCUCGCGGCUGCCCAGCGCCAGGAGCGGCACCGCGACCGCGAGGCCGCCGGGCUCAGGUCGGAGAAGGAGGGGCUGGAGAGCGCCGUGUUCCAGCUGCAGCAGGAGCUGGCCCAGCUCCAGGCCCGCAAUCAGCAGCUGGAGACCCAAGGCCGGACACUGGCCCAGGCCAAGGAGGCACUGGAGGCGGAGCUGAGCGUGGCGCGGCGGGAGCGGGCGCAGGAGCUGCGGGAGCGGCGCCAGGCGGUGGCGGUGGCCGAGGCGGCCGCGGUGACAGCGGCGCUGCAGAGCGCCCGCGACGCCCACCGGGAGCAGCUGGAGCAGCUCCAGCGCGAGAAGGAGGAGCUGGAGGCCGAGCGGGGCCGGCUGGUGCAGGAGCACGAGGAGCUGGUGGCCGAUCUGGCAGCAGUGCGGCAGCAGCGCCAGAGCGAGAAGCAGCAGGCUCUGGCGCUGCAGGAGGAGGAGCGGGUGGCCCUGGCAGGGACACUGGCAGGGCUCCAGCAGAGCCUGGACGAGGCCACGGCCGAGCUGGAGCAGCGGCGGCGAGAGGUCACGGGCCACCAGGAGAAGGAGCAGGCCUUGGCCGUGGAGCUGCGCUCGCUGCGGGCGCGGGCGGAGGAGGCGGCGCUGAGCCACGAGCGGGAGGCGAGGACGCUCCGGGACCAGGCGGCAGCGGCGGCCAAGCAGCGGGACAGCGCCCUGCGAGAGGCGGAGGAGGCGCGGGCGCCAGCUGGCGGGGGGGCCGAGGCGCCGGCGGCGGCGGCGCGGCAGGAGCUGCUGGGCGCAGCGAGAGGCCCGGACAGCCGCGAGGGCCGCGACACCGAGCGGCGCGGGCGCAGGAGGCGGCGGGCGCUGGCGAUACGCCCGCGAAGGAAGGCGCUGCAGCGCUCCAACGAGGAGCUGCGGGCGGCCCUGCGGCGCGCCGAGGGAGAGCGCAUCAGCCUGAAGCGCUCCGGGGAGGACAAGGAGCAGCGUCUGGCGCUGCUGGAGGCGGCGGCGGCGGGCGGCGGGGAGGUGUGCCGGGAGCUGCGGGCGGCGCUGCGGGGGCUGGAGCGCGCCCGCCUGGAGAGCCGCCGGGAGCUGCAGGAGCUGCGCCGCCAGGUGAAGGAGCUGGACAGCGAGAACAGCCGGCGGGGCCGGGAGCUGGGGGAGCUGCAGGCGCGGGUGGCGCUGGAGGAGCAGCGGGAGCAGCGCAGCCGCCGCGAGGCCUCGGGGCUCAGGCAGAAGGUGGCCGAGAGCGAGGCCGGCACCGAGGCUGCCAGGAAGGAGCUGCAGCAGCUGCAGCAGCGCCUGGCGGCGGCCGAGCAGGAGUUCCGGCGACGGGAGCAGGAGCUGUCCCGCAGCCUGGAGGAGGCGCGGGGCAAUGAGAAGAAGCUGCUGGCGGACGCUCGGAACCUGCAGCUCAAGGUGGAGGCGGCGCGGGCCGAGGUGGCCGAGCUGGGGCUGCGGCUGAGCGCGGCGCAGGGCCGGGCGCAGGGGCUGGAGGCGGAGCUGGCCCGCGGCGAGGAGCAGCGCAGGGCGACCGAGUCCCGCCUGGGAGGGCUCCAGGCCACCCUGCGCCGCACCGUGGCCGUGGCCAGGGCCAAGGGCGGGGCCCCGGAGGGUUCGGGCAGCCCCGGCUCUGUCGCGGACCCCGAGGCCGAUCCCGAGGCGCUGCGGGCGCCCCUGCGCGAAUUCCUGCAGGAGCUGCAGGACGCGCAGCGGGAGCGGGAGGAGCUGCGGGGGCAGCUGGGCAGCCUGGGCCGGCGCCUGGCGGAGGCGGAGGCGGAGCGGGACAGCGCCGGCGCCCGAGCGCAGCGGCUCCAGAAACUGCUGGACGAGAGCGAGCAAGGUGAUGGGGAUUUUUGGGCAUUCCGGGUGGAGAAGCUGGGCGAGCUGGAGGAGGCCCGGCAGAGGCUGGAGCUGUGCGAGAGCCGCAGCGCCCGGCUGGAGCUGCAGCGGCGGGCGCUGGAGGCGGAGCUGGGCCGGGCCCGGCGGGCUCUGGCCGAGCGGGACGCGGAGGCGCGGGAGGCGCGGGAGCGAGCGGAGCAGCUCCGCACGCAGCUGGCUCAGGCCGAGUCCCGCUCGGGGCCGUUCCCGGGGAGCGGCUCCAAGGGGGAGGCUCCGGCCGGGUCCCCGCUCCACGAGCGGCUCCUGCAGCUCCAGAACGCGCUGGCCGCGGGCGAGACGGACCGGAGGCUGCUCCAGGAGCGGGACCCUCCCAGCCGGGCUGGAUCCGCGCAGCUCCCGGCGGGGCCGGAUCCCCGGGCGGGGCCGGAUCCCCCCGCGGGCUCGGCCGAGCGGGAGCUGGAGGAGGCUCGGAAACGCAUCCAGGUGCUGCGGGUGGGUCCUGGGGCCGGGGCCGAGCCCGAUCCGCGGGAUGGGGCCAAUCCUGAUCCAUGGGCUGGGGCUGAUCCGAUCCAUGGGAUGGAGCUGGGGCUGAUCCAUGGGCUGGGGCUGAUCCAUGGGCUGGGGCUGAUCCGAUCCAUGGGCUGUGGCUGA